AUGGAAGAAAAAGGAGAUUCUCGGGUGCCUCCUCCACGAGUUCGAAUUUUCGAAUGUGCUCGUGAUGGAAUUCAGGAAUUAUUUAAUCGGGAUUCAAGUAAGGCUACAAAGCCAAUGGACGAGCGCAAUUUUCCUAAAUCUUUUUGGAUUCCCCCAACAAAGGAGCAUUCAAAUCGCUCUGGUUCCUCAACAGACAAUAAUCUAGACGGGUAUUGCAUCUCGCACAGGAAAUCAAACUCUUCUCCAUCUUGUAUUGGUACAAAUCCUGCUUAUCUAUCAGAGGUAAUCGACCACAAUAGGCAAAAAAGUCUCGAUACAACUCAAAAUCUUGCUCGUAACUCUGGUGCAGGACUUUCGCCACAUUCGCUGCCAACUGAUAGCCUUGCUUCUCCUAUAUGCGAACUUCCACCAGAAUUUCAAAUGGCUAUCAAUGAAAAAAAACAAGUUUAUUUUCUCAACCACGAAACUAAGCAGACUACCUGGUAUGACCCUCGAAUUCCACCUGAGGAACAAAAUUGGGGAAUGACGAUUGAGGAAUUGGAUCAGAUUCAUGCUAACUAUGCUAGACGGCAUAAAGUGAGUUCACGAACUCUGAAGGGCCAUCAUAGGCAAAUGCCAGCCUCCCCAAUGUCAGUUCUAUCGCCAGUUGAUUCAGGAGGUUUGGGCGAUCCUAACAGUUGUUGUUCUGCACUGCCAGGAUCCCCAUUAAAUGCGGCUACUGGGCAAAUGAUGUCUGCAGGUGGUGGAAAUGCUGGAACGGUUCGACCUUCAUCUGUUCCACGAAUGCAACAUCCGGGUGGAUUCUCAAUGCCCCAUGGCGCACCAAAUUCCCGUGCUCAUCCAUUAAACCUUCUACGCCCACAGGGAUCCAAGCAGAUGCCUCCGCGACAACAUCCACAACAUCAUCACAUCUCUCAUGCCAAGUUAGUAUCCUCUUUAUCGUAA